GUUACGCAGCAAGUGCACCUGAAAAGUUCCAGUCGUUAUUGGGAAUCAGGCAAUAUUUAAAUAUGAAAUAUAUUAUUUUGUCAUUAGUAAUCUUUGGCAUAGCCUAUGUGUGUGCCGAGGCUCAGGGUGGGGAAGAUGACGAAGACCGCGAGGAUAUGAAUGGAAGACCAAGCGUUUGCAUGAAUAAUUCGGAAUGCAAUGCAGGCUGGUGUGUUCACGGGAUGUGUAGAUGUCCACCAAAUCACUAUGGAGAUAAUUGUGAAGACGUGAGUACGUUAAGAUGUAUUGUAUGUGACGGAUUCUACCACGAUGAACUAAGUGCAUGUACCACUGCCUGGGAUCUUCAUCCAGAACUUGAUUAUGAAGAAUGUGAGGCUCACCAGACAUUCUGCAAGUCCGAGCUUUGGUUCAAAGAUGGCGUCCCGUGGAUUAAACGUCAUGGCUGUUCUGAAAACUGCUGGGAGAAGGAAGGUUGUAGCCCUGACAAAGAAGGAGAAAAUUGCGUCGCAUGUUGUCAGUAUGACUACUGUAUGGGUGGAGAAGAAUAUCUCUUUGGCGGGUCAAAGGUCAUCACUCCCAGUGUCAUCUUGAUCAGCCUCGUUUCCAUGUUCAGUUAUUAUUUGUAGAUUUUACGAAAAUUGUGUUCUGGAAAUAAAUUCACCUGUCGAUA